UUUGCUCUUUAACUUUGUUCCCCGCAGUGUGCAGUGUACUGUCUACUGUGCUGUUGUUAUCUAAUAGCGGGGGGGAGACAUUAAAGGGUCAUGGCACUCAAUGUUGUGUUGGACGGUCCGGCCCCCUGGGGGUUUCGCCUGACGGGAGGAAAGGACUUCAACCAGCCCCUGUCCAUCUCCAGGAUCACUCCCGGCAGUAAGGCCGCCGUAGCCAACUUGUGUGCCGGUGACGUCGUCCUGGCCAUCGAGGGAGUCUCGGCCACCGACAUGCUGCACUGUGAAGCCCAGAACAAGAUAAAAGAGUCCACCCAUCGGCUCAGCCUCACUGUUGAAAGGAAUGAAGCAAGAAUGUGGUCACCACGUGUUGUGGAGGACGGUAAAGCUCACCCAUAUAAAAUGAACCUGGAAGCAGAACAGCAGGAAUUUAAACCUAUUGGCGCAGCUCACAACCGGAAAGCUCAGCCGUUUGUUGCGGCGGCGAACAUCGAUGACACGCAUCAGGUGGUCAGCUCAGCCUACAACACCCCUAUAGGCCUCUACUCCUCAGGCAACAUCCAGGACGCCAUGGAGGGCCAGAUCCGAGGCCUGGUUCUACCCAAGCCUUCGAGCCCUAGGACUUUGACCAGCAUCGAGGAUUCUGACGUAUACCAGAUGUUACAGAAAGACCAGGAGGAGCCCCAGGAGCCUCGGCAGUCUGGCUCCUUCAGAGCCCUGCAGGACUUUAUUGACAGCGAUGGUACUCGUCCCAUUGUGACCAGGACAGUUAAAGCCCCCUCAACCAAACCGACUACGCCCACAGGAAACCUGCAGAAACUGCCCGUCUGCGACAAGUGUGGGAAUGGGAUUGUCGGGACGGUGGUGAAAGCACGAGACAAAUAUCGUCACCCUGGUUGCUUUGUGUGCUCCGACUGUGACGUCAACCUCAAACAGAAGGGCUAUUUCUUUGUGGAGGGAGAGCUGUACUGUGAGACUCACGCUCGCUCUAGAAUGAGACCACCGGAGGGACACGACCUCAUCACAACUUUCCCUUCUGCAUAGAUUCACAAUAAACACUCAGAUACACAUACAAACAGACACUCAUGUGUCCUACAUUUGUCUCAUGUGUUUAUCUGUACUUGUUUAGCCUAUCUGAUGUUGUCUGUGUGCAAUAAUAUUUCGAUAAGAAUACACUUUACUCUUUGAAUGUGACAGUAUGAUGUUUUCUCUGUGUAGGAAUAUUUCACAGUUGAACAGCCUGGUUGUUUAAAGAGCCCAGCAGCAGUUACAGAGACUUUCAUCUUGCCAGUUUCUCACAAUUUAAAGGCUUUCCAAUAAAGACCUCUGCUCAUACUGACUCAUA